GGCGCGCUAGGGACACACACACAGUUGGCGCUUUCAUAGUAUUAGAUACUCUGCGCGGAGAAGUUACUGCGCACCACCUCCUUCCUUACUGCGCGCUUGCACCUGUAGCAGCGUCCAGCGCGGCUUCACCGCGGCAGCACCUCCCACCCGCACGUCCUUCUGUCCAACGGCCUGCCGCCGCCCGCCUGCCCUUGCCGAGGGCCGCUGGUCCGCCCUUAUGUCGUUCUCCGGGCCCUUUCUCUCUCCACCCAUUCUCCCCCCCUCCCCACUAUCCCCUCCCGCGCCACCUUUCCCGUCCCCGCAAUCCGCCGCUUUCCCAUCGCCCUCCUCUUACCCCCCUCCGUUGCCCUCCGCAUAUCCGCCCUUCCUUCCGCCCCCCCCACUCCCAUCCGCGGAGGGCUUCUGCCUGGCGUGGCAGCACCCGCACGCCUCGCUUAUAUCGCGGACAUGGUUCGCUAUAGUCACCGUUGCGCCGCCCCUGCUCUUCCUGCUCUUCCUGCUCUCCCGCGUCCGCCCCGCCCUGGCGCAGCUGCGGCGCGCGCGCAGCGCGGGCGUGCUGGGGGGACAGUGCGGCGUGAUGGCGGGGUUCUACGCGCUGCUGUGGGCCGCCGCGGGUACCAACCUCGCGCGGACCCUGGCGCAGCUCCUCGUGCUCUCACCAGCCGCUGCAGCACCCGCCAGCACCCACUGGGUGAGCGCAGCGUGGCUGGCGGCGGGGUGCGUGGGCGUGUGUGUGGAGGCGGGCGUGGUGGUGUUCCUGCUGCACCCCGUGCUCAUGUCCGCCUCUGAGGCGCUGCUGCGCACCGCCCUCAUCGCUGCCAUCCUUGCUGCCGCUGACACCGCUCUCCAGGCGUCGCUGGUCUUCCACCACGCCGUGCCGCUCUUCUCGCCCGCCCUCUCGUCGGGCGGUGCGGGCGCCGCAUGGGCGUUCUGGCUCGCCCAUGACGCCUGCCGCGCCGCCGUCUACGCUGCGCUGCUCGCCCUGCCUCUCUCCCACUGGCGUGACGCCCUGCCUGCCGGGCCUGCCUUCCACCGCUACGUCUUCCUCCUGCUGCUCCUCCACGCCUGCUCCGCGCUUGCCUGCCUCCUCCUCGCCCUCCACGCCUCUGCGGCCCUCUGCAUACGAGGGCUGGCAGUCUACCUCUACACGGCCUGCUUUCCCCCACUGCUCUACGCCACCUUCCUAGCGGACUUCUUCAAGGACGAGGAUGCAGCAGUGGAGGACGCGUAUUACUCUGAGAUGAGGGACGCAGGCUACUUUGAUGCUGAUGGCGACUGGGACUGAUGUCCAGGUUGACAGGCACCUUGAGGGAUGGCGAUGGUUCCUCCUGAUGUUAUGGGGAUUCCGAAUCGCCAAAUGUGCACUUGGCGUCGCCUUACCAGAUGCCAUCCAUGUGUGAGAUGGGCUACACCCGACCCAGUAUUUAGUGUAUAUAAUAUUGUGUAUUUCACAUCCGAUACUGCAUUUUAGCAGGCAACGUUUGAUUGCGCAACCUCACGAUAUUUUAGUACCAGAACGCAAUGCCUUGCAUUCCCUUCUGCUGUUCUGUCUUUACUCUUCUUCCAAGAUAGAGAGCCCAUGCAUUUAUUCUA